AUCCAAUAUGAUUAUUAUCUAUUUAUUAUGAUUAGAGCGUUUUAGACAUAAUUAUUAGUAAAUAAACGUAUUUAUUAGAUCAAGAUGACUACAAUUAAGUUGGAAUUAGACGCUGAGGAACCCCUGGCGUGCCGUAUUUGCCUAGUAACUGAUGUAAAGUUGUAUGGGAUCUAUGAACAACGUUUGGACGCAGCUUUUCUGGAUAUUACAGGAACAACGCUAUCGGCAGGCGACGGGAUGCCUCGGCAGCUGUGCGCGGAGUGCGCAUUGCGGCUGUGCCGGAGCCUCGACCUGCGUCAGCGCAGCCGCUGCGCGCACGACAUCCUCACAAAGUGCCUCGCGGAACAGCAUUACAUCUCAACAGACUACAUCCGGGGGCUGGACCGGGCGUCUCUUUGCCUGCUGCCCGCAGAGGACAAGGACCUUGAAGCCGCGGAGCCCUACGCGCCGCUCGAGGAGCCCUAUCCGCAGCCCAGCCUACAGGACUACCUCGAUGAUGACAUUUCUAAUGACAGCUCACAACUCCUGUCAACAUUCUGCACUCGCGGCCUACGUCAAGACGAUCUGACAGACGUCAAAGAUGACAGCUACAUAGAGUUGCCAGUCGUCGGGGAAAUGGUAGAAUUGGACGAAAAGCUGGGAGAGAUGAAACCGGUGGGGACUAGGAUUAAGAGGGAGCGCGGCGUUAAGAGGAAAAGAAAGGGAAAAUCGGUUAAGAGGGAGAAGAAAAAAGGGAAAACGAGCAAGAAACGGAAAUCAAUAGAAGAGGAUCCGGAAGUGAAACAGGAGAAGCCGGGGGUCGAGUGGGUGGCCAAGAGGAAGGCCCCCUACAAGCGGAAAAAGAAGGGGUUCAAGCGGUACUUCAUGUGCGAGGAGGACUACGCCAAGUUCGAGGAGCGGUACAACAUACAGGUGGUCCGCCUAUCAGAAGAGGAACAGCUCCGCGAGAUGGCAGCACGCAAGGAGUCUGAGAACUACCAGCACGCGCUCGUGCGCUGCGACAAGUGCUUUAAGGGCUUUCUGUCCAUGUUCACUUAUGAAAACCACAUCAAAGUUCACGACCCGGCGCUGGGUCCCAACGAGUGCCACUUCUGCUUCUGCCGCUUCAAGUGGCCGAACAAACUGCGCACGCACCUCAUCGAGUGCCACCAGCUGAAGUACAUUUGCAAGGAGUGCAAGCUAGUGAUUCGCGGCCGCUACAUGGCGGUGAUGCACGCCCAGUUCCACGCCGGCAAAACCUGGGAGUGCAAGCACUGUCCGCUCACAUUCAAAAAACAGUCAACAUUCUACACUCACCUGCGAAUAAACCACUCGACUCAGAACGCGUUAGGCGGCACCUGUGAUAUUUGUGGAGAGACAUUCACGGGCGCCAUGGGGCUGCGUAUGCACAAGACUCAGACACAUAAUAAGAAAGAAAUAAAGGCACUGAAAUGUACAAUAUGCAAGAUUCAGUUCGAGAACAAGGAGGCGCUAGACCGACACUUUCAGCCUCACAACGACUGCGACCCCAAAUUGCGGUUCUGUGAGACAUGCGGCUGUUCCUUCGCUGACGAAGACCAGCUGAGUCUCCACCGUCAGCACGUGCACGGCGUCGAGAUUUACAAGUGUGACGACUGCAACAAAUCAUUCCUGUCAAAAUCUUCCUUAUCCACGCACAUCGACCGCGUGCAUCUGAAUAUAAAGCCCCGUUUCCGGUUCUACAACUACAAGAAGAGCGCCCGGCCCGGCGUCAAGCUCGACUACAUGUGCGAGACCUGCGGGAAGGCUUACACGUGCUUCGCUCUCCUGAAGACGCAUCAGAUGACCCACACCGGGGAGAGGCCGUUCAAAUGCUCUCUCUGCCCGAAGAGUUUUAUCACCGCCUCACAGCUGAAGGGCCACCGCGACAGCUUCCACGCGCGCAUCCGGAAGUACCGCUGCCCGCAGUGUCCCAAAACAUUCCUCCGGCAGUCUUCCAUCUACAAACAUCGCCUGAUCCACACGGGUGAGAAACCAUACGAGUGCAGCAUAUGCAGCAAGGCGUUCACGCAGUCGGGCUCGCUCACCACUCACGUCAAAUACGUGCACAUGAAACUCAAGCCGCCGCCCCGGAAGCGGAACAAGGCCAUCGACAAGGCUUAUUAGAUCUAUAAUAUAUUAUUUAUUAGCA